AUGCUGGCGGCAGCUCAGCUACGCACGCCGCCGUACCUCGUGGAUGUGGCGGCGAACCUGACCGACGGUGUCUUUCGCGGGAUGGACUGGAAGGGCAACCGUCUUCGCGAUGACGACUUUGACAACAUUUUGGCCCGCGCGCAGGAGCGCAAUGUUCAGCAGAUCAUAAUCACUGGCACCAGCCUCGCCCAGAGCGUCAAGGCCAUCGCGCUGUGUCGACGGUACCCCGAUCGGCGGUUGCUGUGCACUGUCGGGGUGCACCCGGCGCACUGUGGCGAGUUUCUCCGUCCUCUGGACCUCAACGAGAUUCGAGGCGUCGCUGAAAGCGACACAUCGAUGGUAGUGGCACACCACAACAAGUCAGCCGCCGCGUCAACGGCGGAGCAGGAGGAGGUGUGGGCUCAGGAGCGCCUAGAUUACUUGGUGAAUCUGGUGAAUAAGAACCGCGACGUGGUCGUGGCGGUAGGCGAGAUGGGCAUCGACUACGCGGAGCUCACCUGCUGCCCGCGCGAGGUGCAGGAGAAGUACUUUGCACGUCAGCUCACCGCCUUUGCCCCGCUGCAGCUGCCGUUCCUCUUCCACUCACGCGGGUGCGGCAUGUCGUUUGUGCAUCAACUGAAAGACAUAUGGGCACGUAUCGCCGCUGAUGCAGCCGCGACUGGGGCAGUGCCGGGUAUUGAAGGCGCCCCCUCACCAUCGGUCAAUGCGCAGUUACGCGGCGUCGUGCACAGCUUUAAUGGCACACUGGAGGAGCAGGAGGCACUGCUGUUGAUGGGGCUGUACUUGAGCGUGAACUGCAGCGCCUUCCGAGAGGCUUCCCUGGCCGCGCAGGUGACUUCGAUUCCGCUGGAUCGUCUGAUGUUCGAGACGGACGCACCAUGGUGCGACAUGCGGUGGAAGGACUACGGCGCGCAGUUUGUGCGGACCAUCUUCAAGACGACCAAGCGCAAUAAGCCAUUCGUGAUGGGGACGUGUCUGGAGCGGCGCAACGAACCUUGCCAUCUCGUCCAGGUCAUGGAGGAGUAUCUCGGCUGCGCGAAGGCGUGCGCCACCGGACCCGAGGAUCCGUUGUCGAGGAUGGAUGAGGCGACUCUGGUCGCUGCCGUGUAUGAGAACUGCAAGCGUCUCUUCCACCUGUGA